ACAGCUGAUAAUGAUACACAAAAUUAGGAAAGAACACGAAUUGAAUCAAAGCAGUGAAACAAAUAAAUAUUAAGUGUGAUUAAUUCAACAAAGACUUCAAUAAACUUACAAAGCUAUAAAAUGAAUGAAGUUAAUGUUGUCGAUGUGCUGAAGGAAGUCUUUGCCGAUCCAAUGCCGAAUCCCUGCCCAUUGGGACAACGCUCUUUGCCAUUUGGUACUGAGAUAUUAAGCAACGAAAUGGAAGAGGACUACGUCCCAUACAGUCCCGUAAUGUGGGCUGAUCCUCUAAUACCUUAUACCAUUACAAUGGGAGCUAAGCAAAUUGCUGUAAGUUCAAUGCCUGCCGUUCACGUUGCUGUCGAAAUAGUCUCAACAGCGUCAUCAACUGUCGAGUGGUCUGAGCUUGGAUUGCGUAUGAAAGAGUUGAACAAAACUGUAUACAGGAAUUCCGGAACACUGUGGGACAUAUUACCUCGUACACGGACUAAUCCUUUAUCCUCAUUAAUAAAAUUUUGCAACCCGGAAUCGAUCGACGAAGCAGCAAUGGUUAGAUUGCUCUUACUUCAGGCCAUCACAACGGAACCAGCUUAUCAAGUCAGAGUCUCCGACUGUCCACAUCUUUUCGCGUUCAACACCAGAGUCAAAGAAGGAUCGUGUAGCGUAAAAUGGACACCAGCUGCGGAAUGCAGUGAUAACUUGCAAAUCGGAACACAAACAGCAACAAGCACGCUCUACUUUCGCACUCUUCAGGAAUACGCGGGGAUUAUUGACGGAUUUGCAAAUGAAAACAGUUACCUGCGAGAUGAAAACAAGAAAGAAAUAUCGGUAAGUUCUGUGGUCUUCAUUCCUGUAAAGUCUUGUUGGAGGGGACAACCUUGGCUACUGCCAUAUAUCCUUGCAUUUACCACAACAAAAUGGUGGAAUCAUGCUGCUGUGAUCAGCGUGGAGAUGAUUGAUCAAAUGAAAUUCGAACUAAUGCCUCGGGCUGCCACAGUUUGUAUUCCCGGAAAUUAUGAAAGGAUUUGUUUAGUUGUUGUCGACAGCUCAAUGACGUGCCAAGAUUACGGGGUUGGCCAUGGCAUCGCUGCAAAACACGAUGGAGAAACUGAAUUUGCAAAGAAGGUAAUGUGUUAUUUAGGCAGAAUCCACGAUGCAACCGCUAAUAACAAUGUUGCAACUGAUGUUGCCAUGGCCAUUAAUCAUAUGUGUGAGUUUAUGUUUACCGCCAAAGAGUUUCGAAAAAUUCAGUUGCGUGCUGCGGUUCUAUGUACUAGUCGAUUUUGUGGCUACGGCGUGUAUCCAAGUCGUAAAAGUCCCUCAAAAUCUGCUGGAGAUGAUGAAACGGAACGUUCUCGUAUUGCUGGCGUCUACAAGUACAAUUGCCAGGAGGAUCUUAUGAUUGGAGACUCCAAGUUACUUGAUAUGGCCACAUUAGACGAACAAACCUUGAAGUUGAUGCUAGAAAAUCGACAACAUUGGCGCACCGAUCCACUUGGAUACUUUGCAUUUAGUAGCGUGAAUAUCUCAAAAGAUUCUGCAUUCCAUCAUGGAAUUCAUUGCCCGCAGUACCAAUUAAGCUUUUGUCCAAAUAUCACUAGAGUACUUAAAGUGUGUAAUGUAUUUAAGAGAGAACAGCAGAACAGAACAGUGAGAGAAUCUAUAGAGCUCUUCAACACUACGAUUGCAUAUGGUUCUUUGCUGGUGGGUCUUACAAAUUGGGCAGCUGCUGAGUUGGGAGUUACUCUAUUUGAACACAAUUUCAUGGGGGAGUAUGAUGACUAUGCCUCUCAUAAAUAUUUUCAACUUUGGCCAAACAUCACACAGAAUUUUGUGAUUCAUUCAGGAAGUGAAGGUCGAGUUGUUGACUCUGCUAACCAUCACAAAAUAUUGGGCAUGGCAAUGAACUUGACGGUGUGGCCAAAAAAUAUAACUAAAUCAUGGUACGAUACGCAUUAUAGCUGGAAUUGCCCUUGGUGGUAUGCGGCUGCAAUAGCGCAAAAGUUUGGUAAAGUCUUCAAUAUCGCAAGUAAAUCCAAUGUGGAAUACAAACACGAUAAAGACUAUCUAUCGGGCUGGCAGAUCGACAAAGUGCACUCGAAUCCAACUGACUUAACUGUGUUAACACAAAGCUGUCAAUACGAAUGUAAAUUCAUUGACAUAAUUACACCUUCAGCAUCGGGAGGAAAAGCAAGAAACUUACUCAGUUGGUCCCCAAAUGCCUACAUCGAUAACAAUAAGAAUCGAAAUUGGUGCGAUUCAUUGCAUGGAAUUUGUGAGCUAAACACUGUCGUAUUUCCCAGCGCCAGAAUUGACCACUUACAAGCAUUUGUGGACAACUUAAAUCUAAUUACUCCAAUAAUAUGCAGAGGUCUAAAAUGGCCAAACGUAGAUGCAGACUGGUUGCGUAGACUUCAACUUCCUCGCUCUCCAACUGUCAAUGAGAAUAAUUCUUCUUUGGCUGAGAAUAUCGGACGACUUCAGCUCUGAUAGGCUAAUCUAGAAGAAGUCCAUUACACGCCACAAUUGAAAGAUAAUACUUACCCAGUUUCUUAUUUAAGGAUGCAGUGAAAUUACAUUUGGAUUCUGGUCCCCAACUUCAACAAGGAUAAAAAAACUGAGAAAGAAAAUAUAAAAAUAUUAUCUUAUUCAAACUUUGCUGCACUCAAUUCUAACAAUAAAUAAUAAAGAUAUUAUUGACCCAUAGGCAUAUACUUAAUAAUAAGGCAUUGCUUAUAGUAUAAUCAAAUAAUAGUUCA